AUGCAGACCACAAAGUGCUGGGCACAAAACGAGGAUACGUUCGGACCUCAGGUUCUAGGUUGUCGCGCAGGCUUUGACUUCACUGUCUACUUUGAGGAAGUUGUAUUCACCAUUGUCCCAGCGUCGUUACUCAUAUGCUGUUCCCUGAUCCGUGGUUGGGGCGUCCUAUCUGCUUUGCGCAUUGCCCUUCUGGUUCUCUGGACGCUACCAUCAACCCCCAAAACAUCAGUAACAAUCUCAUCCCAAAUUUUGAACCUAAUAUCUUCUGUACUUGCGGGGCUUCUAUCAUGGCUAGAGCAUCGUCACUUCUUCAGACCCUCCGCUGUUCUCUCAGCUUACCUUUUCAUGACAUCUGUCUUUGACAUUGCAAUAACACGAACCUUGUGGCUGGCUCUCUCGGGUAGCUCCAUACCUGGUAUCUAUUCGGCCAAUCUCGCGUUGAAGUUGGUACUUAUCGUGUUGGAGUCGCGAGACAAGACAGACUUGCUACGUGUUCGCGAUAACUAUCCCGCAGCCGAAAGCACUGGCGAUAUCUUUACCCGCAUCUUGUUCUGGUGGCUGAACCCGGUUCUAUUGCGGGGGAACGGGCAUCAGUUGUCUAUAGAUGACCUGCCAGCGGUUGACGGUACACUCUUAGACGAUGACACCUUUCAUGAAAGACAUAGGUCACAUCGCCAUGGCCUCCUGUGGGUCCUCGUUAAGGACCUCAAGUGGGCAGUUCUAGCGGGUACCGUCCCACGACUUCUAGUCAUAGGAUUCAAGUAUGUCCAACCCUACAUCAUUAGGCGCAUGGUAACCUGGUUAGAUGAGAGGUCGAAGCCGAAUCUGCGCAAUGAAGGGUAUGGUCUAUUGGCAGCAGUCGGUAUCGCCUUCGUUGGUAUAGCUAUAUCUAAUGCGCGGUAUCAGCAUCUCUCCUACCGACUAGUAACCAUGAUCCGCACUCGCAUGAUAUCUACCAUCUACUACAAGACUCUUACCAUGGAUCGCCUGCAAGCUGACAAUAGCGCCCCAUUAACACUGAUGAGCACUGAUGUCGAGCGGAUCUCGGCCGGACUCGCGCGUCUCCACGACGUAUGGGGGUCAAUGGUCGAAGUGGCUAUUGCGGUCUGGCUUCUAUAUCGGGAGCUUCAAGUGCCUACGAUUGCGACCAUCAUCAUUGCAUCAGGCUGUGUCAUUAUUGCUCUGGCAGUUGGGAAAGUGUCGGGUCGCCGCCAACAGGCUUGGGUAGAAGCUGUCCAGAAGCGCAUUGCCGUGACAGCAAGCGCGCUUCCGCACUUGAAGAACAUCAAACUAGCUGGCAUGGUCGAUACGCUCGUCUCCUCCCUGGAACAGUACCGUCUUGCCGAAGUGGUCGCAUCGAAACGAUGGCGUCGACUGCAAGUGCUCAUGGUUGCAGUUGGGUGGUUCAACAGCGCUCUGGCACCCGUGAUGUCCCUCUCUUCGUAUGCGCUGGCGUCCCCUGCGCCGGGCACUGCACUGACCCUGCCAAAAGCCAUGGCAGUGCUCUCGAUUUUUGCUCUCGUUGGCGCGCCACUUAAUCUUCUUUCAGAGUCGGCGAGUGGCCUAUUCACGGCCAUUGCAUGCAUAGAACGCAUUCGACAGUUUCUCGUCUCGCCGGAUAGGCCACAGCGACGCAACCAAUCUCUAGCCGAGGAGGACAGUGAUCAGCCAUCGGAGAAUGAGAAGUUGAGUAGUGUGGAAGAUGGAGCCGCUGUUCAUAUUGUCGAUGCUGCUUUCGGAUGGGGCAAAGAGGACCAGGCAGAGUCGGUAAUUGGCCCGCUCAGUUUAACCAUCGAGCCAGCCACACUGACAGUUAUCGUUGGGCCUGUCGGGUGCGGCAAGUCCACGUUGCUCCAAGGCUUGUUAUCCGAGAAUGUCCAAAUACAUGGUACUGUUUCGGUCAGAGUGCCCAGAAUUGCAUAUUGUGGACAAACGCCGUGGAUCCGCAGUGCUACAAUCCGUGAGAAUAUCAUCGAUUGUAGCCCCUUUGACUCGCGCCGAUACCAAGAGGUGAUUGAAGCCUGUGGUCUCAAUGCUUCUCUAUUUGUGCAGGGCGAUGAGACCAUGCUCGGAAGUGGCGGGUCGAGUAUCAGUGGUGGUCAGAAACAGCGAGUGUCCCUCGCCAGAGCGGCUUAUUCGACCUCCCCAAUGCUUCUCCUCGAUGAUGUGCUAAGCGGACUAGACUCGGCCACCGAGAACCAUAUCCUUCAUGAAUUGCUUGGGCCGAAGGGAUUAUUACAUCGUCAGCAGAGAACAGUCAUUCUCACAUCUUCUAGUCGUAAGCGUAUUGGAAACCCUGCUUCCUUCUUCAAGCUAACUCAGAUAUCGUUAGACACCUGUCUAACAUUCGCAGACCGAGUUGUUUGGUUAGACAAAAUGGGGCGCAUUUCCAACCAGGACACCGCUACCGAGUCGACAUCUUCACUGGAACCAACAAUCGUUCAGAACUCAACUGGCAAGGAUAAGCCUCAAACUCCCGCGGAUACAGACUCUUCUGAAGCGAUAUCCUCAUCAGCCAGGCUGGUGGAGGCCUUGAACGCGAAGCAGCGCAAAGGAGACUGGCGUGUGUUCCAGUACUACUUCGUACGCAUGGGUAUCAAGGGCAUGCUAGUCUUCUUCGUACUGAUGACAUUAUUCACUUUCUUAUAUGGAUUUCCUCCUAUAUGGGUUCAACUCUGGGCCAAAAGCCCGGGAAACAGCAGCAGAACCUACAGAUGGCUGCUGCUCGUCCUCCUUCCUCAAGCUUCCGUUAACUUCCACAACAUACUUCUCAAGGUUACUAAAAAUGCACCUCUUACCUCCCUGACGUCUGUCGAUACUGGCAUCACGACCAACAGAUUCAGUCAAGAUCUUCAACUCAUCGACACAGAGCUUCCACUGUCACUUCUCAAUGCGUUGCUUGCCUUGGAAUACACUAUCAUGCUGCUGGUCAUUAUAUGUGUCUCAGGCGAGUAUAUCGCCGUCACUAUACCCUUCCUCCUUGUGGUGCUCUACCUAAUACAGCGUUUCUACCUUCGAUCGUCCCGCCAAAUCCGCUUCCUCGACAUUGCCGCAAAGGCACCACUCUUCUCCCACUUUUCCGAGACUCUAGAUGGGCUCGUUGCGCUGCGGGCCUUUGGAUGGCAGACACCCUAUAGAGGACACUUGCGAAAGGUGUUGAUGACAUCCCAACGACCCUUUUACACGCUAUACGCUGCCCAGAGAUGGCUGACACUCGUUUUGGACCUUGUCAUUUCCGGACUAGCCGUUAUUCUCGCAGGUAUUGCCAUUGCUGUGCAAGGUUCGCUAAGUACUGGGCUAGUCGGACUUGCAUUGGUCAACCUCAUCAGUUUGGCUGGCAACGUGAAGCUCCUAGUCAUGCAGUGGGCGCUGCUGGAGACAUCACUUGGCGCGGUGGUCCGCAUCAGGGCAUACGAGAGCAUCACGCCAUCUGAAGUCAAGUCUGAUGAGGACCGGGAGGUUCCUACCAACUGGCCACGUCAAGGAAAGGUGGAAAUUAUCCGAGCAUCGACACGGUACUCGGAUGCUGGUCCACUCGCCCUUAGUAACCUCUCGUUGUCGAUCCCAGCCGGGAGUAGAGUCGGAAUAUGCGGACGCAGUGGGAGUGGCAAGACAUCGCUCUUCUCUGUCCUCCUACGGAUGUUAGACUUGCAUAGUGGUUCUGUCAUGGUAGACGGCAUCAACAUCGCCAUGGUCCCUCGAGCCAAAGUUCGAGCUCAAUUAAACGCGGUCCCUCAGGAGGCUUAUUUCUUGCCGAACACCUCUAUUCGCGCAAGCAUUGACCCAUCUGAUCGCCUUGGAGAUGAUGAGAUUGUCGCUAUCCUCAAGGAGGUCGAAUUAUGGGAACCCCUUGGUGGCGAGGAUAACAUAGCAGUCCUCGACCUAGUCCUUAGAGAUGGGCUUCUCUCACACGGUCAACGACAGCUGUUUUCACUCGCCCGCGCACUGGCGCGACGGGUGGCGGCUGGCAACAUCCUGCUCCUGGAUGAAGUAACAAGUCACCUGGACCGGAGAACGGAGGAGACAAUAAGACAGGUCGUCCGUCGCUGCUUUUCUGGGUAUACAGUCAUCUCCAUAGCGCACCGUCUGGAGACCAUUGUUGAUUUUGACGUUGUGGUGGUGCUGGAUGCAGGGAGAGUUGUUGAAGUUGGUGCACCCAAUGAGCUCUUGUCUCUGUCAACCUCCACAUUUAGGCAUUUAAUAGCAAGCAGGUCGGCCGCCGGAGGCGACCGAGGGUUCCCGACGCUUUACGGAAGAGGGCCGCACAAGCGUCAGGGCGGGAUGCCUUGCUUGCGAUGCCAACGGUACAAAAGAAACUGUCAAUACAGCCAGGCCCCUGCGCAACCAGCCAGUAAUGGCAACACAAGAGCUAGCACCUCCCCGCAACGGGACUCUGAUAAGGAACGAUGUCUCGAGAGGAUAGUGCGACAUUUCAUGGGCGACAUAUCGUUUGAGCCAUCGAGCCUUCAGUUCGUGGCGGACGCUCUGGAGAGGGACCGAGUAAGCUCAAGACAGCCUUCAACCCUAGCUCCAGGGUCCAGCGAGCUCUAUUCCAUUCAUCCCCUUUCCACGAGUACGAUGAUCUACUCUGGGGAAUUCUCUCACUGGAAUUUCUCACGGAUGAUCCGUCGAAAAUUACAAAGCCUGGGAAACGACCCCGAUGACAGCAUGACGGGUGACUCCCAUGACCCUUUCCGUGCAACUGGUCUUCAGUCUCCUAGCUCGAUUGUUGCUUCAGCAAGAAAGUAUUUCCCGCCGCGACAUGUUGCAGAUUUUUUGUUGGAAACAUUUCUUGAAUAUACCCAAACGAAUUAUUACUAUUUCGACGAAACGGAGUUCCGGCAGAAGUUAGACUACUACUAUACCGAAGAUCGAUACCUAGAUAUCAACGAUGCCGGCUGGAUCUGUACCCUUUUCAUGACGUUCGCAUCUGGGACUCAGUUCGCUUACAUGCAUGCUAGCCGACCCCCAUACUUGCAGAGUAUGUCCGGCGAAGAUCACCUACCUGAUGAUACUAUUGGGCUGGCACUCUAUAGGUUCUCAUGCCGCCUGAUUCCCGAUCUUAUCACCACCGCCUCCGUCGAAACUGUCCAGGCGUUUUUGUUAUUCGGAGUUUAUACGAUGCCGAUUGAUACCUCCGGCCUUGCCUACACUUACCUUGGGCUUGCCAUAAAGAUGGCUAUCCAGAAUGGUAUGCAUCGUCAGUUUGGAGAGGAAGGUCUAGAUGCGCGCACCAUUGAGUUGCGGAACCGUCUUUGGUGGUCUGCAUACGCACUGGAUAGACGGAUCAGUAUCCUCCACGGACGCCCAGUCUCCGUUUCCCCAGCUGAGAUAGACUGCGACAUGCCUAAAGACAUACCCGAGCUGCGUCCCUCUGGCCGAACCACAAAUCUACCUAAUAUGACUGCCACUCUCCAGCUGACUGAGCAUCUUGCGAAGGUUGCACCCAUCGUAUCCCGGCUGAGAAAGUGCCCGGUGGAGCUACAUCAAAUCUAUCUUAAGCAGCUUCUACACGUGCGUGAUGAACUUAGGAGCUGGUGGACCACACUGCCCGAAGAUGUGCACUGCCGUGACCUUGAUCCUUCCAAGCCGCUUUUCCGCUAUAAUGUCCAUUUGGAAAUGACAUACGCUACGAUAAUCAUGUACAUGGGUCGUCCCUUGAUUCUUGCUGGCACACCAAGCUCAUCGGCCUCUGCUGAGGACCGCUCUGAUUCAGCCGUAGAUGCUGGUGCAAAGCUGUGUUUUGACUGUGUUCAAGCCGCUCUCCGGAUCGUCGAGCUAUGCCAAUUGUUACAGGACACUGUCGGUGUAGCACGAGUUUCAUAUACUGAAUUUAGCUCCUGCCGUGCGGCGCUAUUGGCCAUUAUCGCCCAGAAUUUGAACACACGAACAGAACGGUUACGUGGGGCACUUACGCAAGGCAUGAGUUUGAUACGCCGGAUGUGUAUUGGCCUCCAGUCGGCUCGUUCAGAAAUAGCAGUUAUCGAGGCGCUUGAGCGCGCAGCACGGCGUCUAGACAGCCGAGCUGAAAAUGAAGACACAGGCCCUGGUGAAUCGGGCGUCGGAUACAACCAGUUUAGACGCUGGGCUAUGCUAUGGCAAUCCGAGACUCCUCCAUCCAAUGUGGGGGACGAAUCUGAACCUAUUGGGCUCGAAAAUUCGCAAUUGCCAGCCGGAUCUUUUGACGGGUUCUUUUCUUCUUUUCCUCAAGAACUUGGAGCUUUUGCAUCUUUCCCAGAAACAGGGGUGCAGUUCGGUGAAAGCUUGCCGACCAUGCUUUGGCCUGAUGACCUAUCACUACCGGCGUUCCCUCCAAACCCAGAUGCUCCCGUAUGA